AUGGAUAUAUUGGAUCAAGCCUUGAAGUCCCUUGGUCUCCAGACCAUCGUGGGACUUGCCAUUGCAGCAUCUUACGUGAUCUGGACGAUUGUCGGCUACCGCCGAUUGUCGCACAUUCCCGGUCCACGAUGGACGGGUAUCAGCAACAUCCCUCACAGCCUGGCCUAUGCAAGCGGCGAAUGCCACAAGUGGUACCAGGCAGCGAGCAACAAGCAUGGCAAAACUCGAGUGUCGAUGUACCAAAUGAAGAAUACCAAUCAGCUGACAUUCGUGCCGACAGGGAGCCUCACUCGAGUCGGACCCAAGUCCCUCAUCACCUCCUCUCCAGAGCUGUGGGCCCGCCUCAACGCCGUACGUUCGCCGUACACACGCUCAGAGUGGUUCUACAAAGGCUGUCGGCUUGAGACUGGCGUCGACAACGUCUUCACCAUGACCAAUGACAAGCAGCACGAGGCACGACGCAAGCAGAUGGCUUCAGGGUACGCCGGCAAAGAAAACCCCAAGCUCGAGGCCGAAAUCGACAGCAACGUCUCGGCGCUCCUGUCGCUGAUCCGCAGCUACCGCACCAACCCAGGCGAACCGUCCAAGCGCAUGGACCUCGCGCAAAAGAUACCCAUGUUCACGCUCGACGUCAUCAGCACCGUGGGCUUCGGCACGGCGUUCGGCAUGCUGGCGGCCGACGAGGACGUCAACGGGUACAUGGCGUCGGCGUCGUCGGGGCUGCGCAUCAACAACGCCAUCAUCGCGCUCGGCUGGGCCGUGCAGCGGUUCAUGGACCUGCCGCUCGUCUGCAAGCUGGGCCCGCACGAAAAGGACAGCUACGGGUUCGGCAAGAUGAUGGGGACCGUGUUCGAGGCCGUGGAGAAGCGGGUGCGGCGGGGCGACACGGACAAGCGCAGCGACAUGCUGGCCAGCUUCAUGCGGCACGGCCUGAGCGGCGACGCGCUGCGGGGCGAGGUGCUGGAGCAGGUCGUCGCGGGCAGCGACACCACGGCCGCCGCCCUCCGCGGCACCAUGCUGCUGCUGCUGACGAGCCCGAGGGUGUUUGCCCGGCUGCGCGAGGAGGUCGACGACGCCGUCCGCCAGGGCAGGGCCCCGCGCACCCCGGACGUCAUCUCCAAGGCCCAGGCGGAUGCGCUGCCGUACCUGCAGGCGGUCAUCAGAGAGGGCAUGCGCGUCAAGGUUCCGGUCCUGUGCAACUUUCCCAGGGACAUCCCGCCCGGCGGUGAGACGUGGGAGGUGGACGGGGACCAGGUCUUCAUCCCUGGGGGUACCGACGUUGGCUACUCGGGGUAUGCGAUGCACCACGACAAGAGGAUCUACGGCGACGACGCCGAGUCAUUUCGCCCCGAGAGGUGGUUGGAGAAGAGCCCGAACCUGACGGUCAUGACCAAGACGAACGACCUGAUUUUCGGGCAUGGCAAGUGGCAAUGUUUGGGCAAGUCGGUGGCAAUGUUUGAGCUGGGCAAGGUCAUCUUUGAGUUGGUUCGCAAUUUUGACUGGACCUUGGAAAAUCCAGAAAAGGCAUGGGAUGCACACAACUACAACGGCCUGAUACACAUUGAGAACCUGUGGGUUCAGGUGCAAGAGCGCAGCUGA